GCUGGGUCAACUGGAGCUGGCUCGCUCAUAUGAGCUACUACGAUAUAGAUGCUAUCAUCACCUCGCAGAAUAAGCUCCCGUGCACAUUCAAACUAGACGUGCCGGGCUUAGGCUACCUAGAAGCCAGCGACACGCCAGAUGUACACAUCGCACCACAUCAUGAACCUGAUAACUGACAAAAUACCGCUAGCUCAAGGCCAAUACAAAGCUCGACUUGCCAUAUUGGAUGGCUGAACUCCUUGCCAUUCGCGAAGUGGUCGACUUGCAUGAGCCUAGUUGCUACAGCAAGAAGAUUGCAGCUGCGCUCAAGGCAGAUCCACGUUCAGUGGACUUGCGUUCUCAAUGCAACAAUUUCUAUACAUUUGCAUUGAAGUAUCUCGAAUGGACAGUGACUGAGGAUUUGCUACAAGUGGUGCUAGAUACAUUUCGGAGUCGCGUUGCCAAGAUGGCAGACCAUGCGCAUAACCCUACAGGUGCCAUGGCAGAAGGUCUUGCUUUUCUCAAGGGUCUUGAUGAUUUCGAGAGGCAGUUGUUUAAACGAUGCCAUGAGAGUUCGCUGGCAAUGAAGAAGUGGGCAGACCGUCCAAGGGACAAGGAGAUGCGGUAGAAUAGCUGAUCGCUUGCUUGUCAAUGAUGCCCUGACGCUUUUGCAAUCCACCAUUCGGAUUGGCAAAAAGAUUUGCACUGAAUGAAUGGAUAGGAUAUCUACAUCGAGGAAGUCCUCGUUGUCGAUCAGCAGACAGAGCAUGGCUUCGCAGGUCAGGCGUCAUUCGAGCUACUUUACCUUCUAUGCAGCUGUCCAUCCGCGAUGUAGUCAUACGCUGUACAUAUAUUGGGCCUUGUGGGAGGUUGCUUGCUGCUGCUUUCCAGGGGCAGCGUCUGGGGAAGCACGACGAACUUCACUCAAACUCACGACCAGAC